UUAUUUCGUUUACUCUCUGUUCCAUAUGCUAGAACCUAAAAGUUGAUAUUUAAAGUCGGGUCUAUUUGUUCUUCUCCUCCUUUUACUUUUUUUUUUUUGCAAAUUUCUCCUUCUUUUACUUGACAACAUUUAUAGAGCACUAUGGAAUCAGAAUAAAAUUAGGAAAUGCUCAACAUGAAUGGGGAAUGUUGUAGUAGUCAAGCAGAAGUGCUUGUGCUGAAAGCAACUCUAGAGAAUUGAUAACUAAAUCUGGCUUUGAGGGGUUAAGUAUGUUAAGUACUUUAGCUUGCUUCCUGGGGACAAUGACUGCAUUGUUCCUCUGACAUAAGUCAGUAUUAGCCUACUAGGCUAACCUUGAUUUGAGCUAUGAGGUAAAAUUAUUUCAAGUCAAUGCCAGUGACGUAGAACAAAGUUGGAAAGGAUAGAGAGAAGUAGAAGAACUGAGGAAGAAUGAGGAGAUUCUUAGAGAGCAAAACUUGAUUUGUUUUUAAUUCUUGUUAAUUCUCUUUAACUUAAACUGAGGAAUGAUAAUGGGAAAAACAAAUCUUCAAACCCCUAUAAAGUGAGCUAUUUCAAUGUUAAUACUCUUUCUCCUUUCUCUGGCUGUACCAAAGGCGAAGGCUACUGGAAUAUGAAUGCCUCACUUGAACCUACUUCGAAUGCCGCACCAUCUUCCUCAAAUACAAGGGAGGAGGCCUACUCUCACCCUGAAAACAUGAAUUAUACGCAAAAGGUGCAUUACAAAACUGCAUUUGGAACGGGAAGUAGAGCGAAUUAUGGAGAACUUGAUAUCACCAAUGGUGGGUACGAUAGAUUUAAGGAAAUGGAUCAUGAGAGUUAUAAGAAUUUUAGUGUAUUUGGAUGUUCUAGAGGUGAUUCUGAAAACAAUCAGAACACUAAUUUUGACGAGUCUGAUGACAGCGAUGAUGAAGUAGAAGAAGGGGAGGAGAGUGAUGGUAAUGAGGAUUAUAUGGAGUUGCAAUUGACUAAUAGAAGUAGUACACGUGAAGAAAAUGUUUGUAGAAUUGAAGGUGAUCAGGAUGAUGAGUCCAAACACCCUUUGGUGAGAGAGGUUUGUAGGUUAAUUGAUCUUAGGUCAACUUGGAACUCAAAGCUUGAAGGGGAAUUAAGACACUUGUUAAGGAGCCUCAAGCCUAGGCAGGUUUGUGCUGUUCUGCGUUCGUUUGAAGAUGAACGAAUUGCUUUGAAAUUGUUUUAUUGGGCUGAUCGGCAAUGGCGGUAUCAACAUGAUCCGAUAGUGUACUAUGCAAUGCUUGAAAUUCUUAGCAAGACUAAGUUGUGUCAGGGGGCUAAGAGGGUCCUCCGACUAAUGGCUCGACGAAGAAUUCAACGUACACCUGAAGCUUUCGGUCUUGUGAUGGUUUCAUAUAGUAGGGCGGGGAAGUUGAGGACUGCACUGAGAAUGUUGACCUUGAUGCAAAAAGCAGGAAUAGAACCUAAUUUGUCAGUAUGCAACACUGCAAUUCAUGUUCUAGUUAUGGGAAAUAGAUUGGAAAAGGCAUUGAGAUUUUUAGGACGUAUGGAAAUCGUUGGAAUUAAGCCAAAUGUUGUCACCUACAAUUGUUUGAUAAAAGGAUAUUGUAAUGUGCAUCGGAUUGAUGAUGCCUUGGAGCUGAUCGCUGAAAUGCCACUUAAGGAUUGCAGCCCAGAUAAAGUUAGUUACUAUUCUGUUAUGGGCUUUCUUUGCAAAGAAAAAAGGAUCAAAGAAGUUAGAACACUGAUGGAGAAAAUGAAGGAUGCUGGAUUGGUCGCAGACCAGGUUACUUAUAACAACCUUAUCCAUAUGCUCUCAAAGCAUGGGCAUGGAAAUGAGGCCCUUGAAUUUUUAAGGGAAGCUGAAGCAAAGGGAUUUCAGGUUGAUAAGGUUGGGUACACUGCAAUUGUUCAUUCAUUCUGCAAGGAAUGUAACACCGACAUGGCAAAAGAAGUUGUGAAUGAGAUGUUCUCGAAAGCUUGCAUUCCAGAUGUUGUAACAUACACCUCUGUUCUUAAUGGGUUUUGUAGGGAAGGAAAGCUGGAUCAAGCUAAAAAGAUGCUUCAACAGAUGUACAAGCAUGGCUGUAAACCAAAUACUGUAUCCUAUACAUGCUUAUUAAACGGGCUUUGUCAAAGUGGUAAGACAUUAGAGGCAAGAGAGAUGCUGAAUAUGAGUGAGGAAGAAUGGUGGACUCCAAAUGCUGUUACUUAUAGUGUUGUGAUGCACGGUUUACGUAGGGAAGGGAAAUUGGUUGAGGCCUGUGAUCUUGUUGAAGAUAUGGUUAGAAAGGGAUUUUUUCCUAACUCGGUUGAAAUAAAUUUGCUGAUUCAAUCCCUCUGCCAAGAGGGAAAUAUGGACAAGGCUAAGAAGUUCAUGGAGGGGUGUCUACAGAAAGGGUGCGCUGUUAAUGUUGUAAAUUUUACUACUCUUAUUCAUGGAUAUUGUCAAAAGGAUGACUUGGAAGCUGCUUUUUCAUUGCUUGAUGACAUGUAUCUUAGCAACAAACACCCUGAUGCAUUCACCUAUACAACGCUAGUCAAUGCAUUGGGGAGAAAAGGUAAAAUAGACGACAUGUCUAAACUUAUGAUGAAGAUGCUGGGAAAAGGUGUAGAUCCUACACCUGUGACAUACAGAACAGUUAUCCAUUGGUAUUGUCAAAUUGGUAGGGUUGAUGAUUUGUUGAAAUUAUUAGAAAGAAUGCUUGUGAGGCAGAAAAGUAGGACUGUAUAUAAUCAAGUCAUUGAGAAGUUAUGUAGUUUUGGAAACCUUGAGGAGGCUGAAAAACUCUUGACUAAGGUGUUGAGAACAGCUUCAAGAAUUGAUGCUAAUACAUGCCACAUUCUUAUGGAUAGCUUUUUGAGCAGAGGAUUUCCUAUGUCAGCUUAUAGAGUGGCCAAUAGGAUGUUCAAUCGAAAUAUGAUACCCGAUUUAAAAUUUUGUGAGAAGUUGAGUAAAAGACUGAUGUCAGAAGGAAAUUUGAAAGAGGCAGACAACCUUAUGUUAUGGUUCGUAGAGCGUGGAUGCAGAUCACCUCAGAAUCAAGAGUCGAUGUAAAGUUGACAUCGACUAUUUUGAGUACAAGAAACCUCUUAUCCUUCAUCUUUCGAACACUAUCUUUGGAGAUAGUAUAUGCCAAGGAGGAGCAUGGCCCGGGGUUAGGAAGCUUGAAGAUUGCAAUAAAGCAGCAGUUUUUAGAUCUUUUGGCUUUUUCAAACCAAGAAAUAGUCACUAUUCUGCCAAAAAUAAUGACAUGGGAUGUUCUUUGCACACAAUCCUCU